UGCCCUUAUUUCUAAUUUUUAACUCUCCUCUCAUGAUUACAGAAAUCACAAACCUCAAAUGCAGCAAUUGGGUCCCACCAGAGCUAUUCUUUCUGCCUCCGCAGACACUUGCACUUUCAUGAGAUAGUGCAGCCUUAGACUUUUGUGUAAUUUUAGUUCUGGCCCUAUCAUAGCCCCAGUGCCUUUUGCUCCAUCAAUGACCAAAUUCAUGUAUUUAUGUAGCCCCAAAGCCACUGGAGCCAAUGCUGGGGAAGCACCUUCCCCUCCUUUUAGCUGUCAGGUUGCGUCAACUUCUGGGCUUGGCUGAGUUCCUGUAGGCAGGGAAGUGCUGUCAGUGUGUUUCCUGUGGCGUGGCAUGUGGGCCUAAGCAGCUGCACUGGACUGGGAGCUUCUAAAAAGGGAGCUCUUCAGGACGUCUUGGAAGUCAGAAUAAAAGUGAAAGUGAACUGGAGAGUGGGCUUGCUUUCCCAGAAGGAGUUCACUGCAUCCUGCCCUUCCCAGAACUAGUUCUGACAGUAGAGACAGCAUCACCUCCUUAUGCGACUAGGUAAGUACCUGGCCUCUUUGGGCCUGUUUCCCCAUCCUUUUUGAAGGGGUAGUAUUGGACUGAUCAACCACCACUUAGUGUUAGUAAGAUCUGGGGUGGGGGAAAUUGUCACUAGGUAAUAAUCCAGCUUGAGUCUAAGCACUGACAGCUCCAGCCUGUGCUAGAGGCCUGUCCUCUGAGAGUUACCAGUGGCACAGAUGGACAGGACAGAGUGAGUAGCAAUGCCUAGCAGCCCACUGUAAGUUCAGACCUUCGGAGCAGAUGUGGUGUUUACAGGGAGAGCGCGUCACAAAGGUGGGGGUAGUUGACCUUUCCUCACCUUUUCCCCAGCUCCUGACACAUGAAUCAUGACCAUGAGGCAGAACCGGAAACCAGACCCCAGUUUGUUGUGGGUCCUGCUUCUGUGUGCCCACAUCAUCAUUCUCCAGGGUAGAGCCACACGUACACCUCAGACCAUCACAGUUGCCACAGCGUCAGCUGGGAUCUCAAAAGAACCCUGCCCCUCCUGGUCCUCAGUGUCCCCAGCAACUAAGCGGUGCCCUGCAUUGGAGGUGAUCUGGCCAGAGAUGGAAGUGCCACUGAAUGGAACGCUGACCUUGUCCUGUACUGCCUGCAGCCGCUUUCCCUUCAGCAUCCUCUACUGGCUGGGCAAUGGUUCUUUCAUUGAGCACCUUUCAGGCCGUCUGAGGGAGAACAGCACCAGCCGAAAGCGUGGGAGCACAGGCAUCCAGCUGUGGAGGGCCUUGGUGCUGGAGGAGUUGAGCCCCACCCUGCGAAGCACCAACUUCUCCUGUGUGUUCGUGGACCCUGGACAAGUUGCCCAGCGUCACAUCAUCCUGGCCCAGCGUUGGGCUGGGCUAAGGACGGUGCCUCCCGCCUCGCAAGAAGCCCUGCCCUCCAACCACAGCCCAGGACCACAGCUGCCCACUCCAGCAGGAGGCCAGCGACAGCACACCCUUGAUCAGCCUGAUCACCUGCAGGGUGAAGAAGUCUCCCCUGACGCAGGCAGGCUGUGCAGACUGCUUCCCUAAGCCACCCCUGCCUUCCUCCUGCCUGUCACCAAAUUCACCUAGAAAAUCCUAACUGUCUUCCCUAAUGCUUCUUCCUCAUGCCUUUCUCUUCUUACCCAUUAAAUUUUCUAGUGCCCUACUCACCAGCCAUAUUGCUGUCCUUUUCAGGAACCUCCAAGACCUGGUGGUAACUUAGUCUAGCACUCAAAGGCCCUGCCUGCAUUCCCAACAUGACUUUCCAGAAGCCAUCCCAUAUCCUUGUUCCCACUCUUGCACCUCUGCUCACUUGCUCCCCUCUUCCUCAUUAUCCCAGCAUGUGAACCCUGAAGCCCAGUAGAAAUGCCACCAUUUUAGUGACAUCUACUCUCUGGCCACAUUCUGCACUGACUUCAUGUUGUGUAUAUUUUCUUUCUUCCCUCCCUCUUAACCUAAUGUACUGUCCCAGGAAAGGGAUGGAAGAAGCACUGGCUAGUUCUGAUCCACAACUGUAUUCUUGUCAGUCCCAGCACAGCCCACAAUGAGUUCUCAUAAAGGAUUACCCAAUGAAGACAUCCUGAUUGCUGUUCAAUCAUUUAGGCCCCCCGUUCCACUCACAGGAACUUUGCAUGUCCUAGGAGAGAGCUGGAAAACGGGGCUGCCUCACAGAAGCCAAAU